UCCAACCUCUUCUGCGAGCGAGUUAUGCUCGCAAAGGAGCGAGCAGAAAGGGUGAGAAAGAGAAACUCGCACUCGUGUAGGAUAACGCGAUGGAGGAGGAUGGCAGUCAGACGGCCCAGACCUAACUCACUGUCUCGAUAUAGCUGAUCAAUUUAACGAAGUAGAAAACCGGAUAGACCGUCAUAUAUUUAACAUACGACAAACCUCGACUUCAACUCCGAAAACACGCGAAUCCAGCACCGAUUCCGGGCCAAUAUCAGUAAGGUUACCGGAGAUUCAAUUGCCUACGUUCGACGGUAUCGUGGAUAAUUGGGAAUCCUUUCAUGACACCUUCAUGUCUACAAUCAACCACAACGACAAACCGACACCAAAAGCUGCAUUACCUCCGCACCUCCUUAACCGGGAUAGCAGCGCAGUACAUACAAUCUUUGGACACGACAGCCGCAAACUACGCGAAUGCCCUCGCUUCGCUAAUAGAAAAGUUUGAUAAUACGCGACAAAUCUGCAUGAAUAUUCCCAAGAUGAAAAAUGACACAUACGAAGCCUUAGAAGCAGUAGUCGUGAACUUCAAACAACACCUACGUGCGUUAGAAAUCACCGGCGAAUCCCUUCUAGAUACCGUUCUUAAUGGGAUGCUUAUUUCACAAAUUAGUAUAAAUAUCGUCAACAAAUGGGAACUCACCCUGACCGUCAAGAAAAUGUCGUCAGUCCAACAUUUACUAGCCUUUUUAGAAAAACGAGCUAGCUGUGGCAAGUUGAGCCGCAAAGUGACUCCGUUAAUGAAAGAGACGACAACGCGCAAUCGCCCACGACAAAACUCUUCCCCGGGCCACGCUUUCACAACGUCACAGGCUACGUCAACAUGUAACACAUGCCAAGGGCAACACCCCAUCCGGAAGUGUACCACCUUCAAGGCCAAACCCGUGAGCAAGCGCCUUACGGACGUUAAAGAAGCAUCGUUGUGCUUGAAGUGCCUGAGGAAAGGACACUCGGCGCGUGAGUGCAAGGCCAGAUCCUGUCAUAUGUGCGGACGACGGCAUCAUACGAUGCUGCAUCAGAAUAAGCAACACACAAGUUCGGGUUCCUCAACACCAAGUCGAAGCUCUUCUUCUUCAAGCAUACGAUCGGACACAUCGUCGUCCUCUAGAACGCACGGUUCGGGGACAACACGGACGAACUCGCCUCCAAGUCCAUCCACCAGUCCGAAACGAACGCAGAAGAAAUGACAACGACAGUCGA